UUUUCUCUUCUAGUAAAUGUGUAUGCUUCUAUCUGCUGGGUUCUCCCUCUCGAUUUUGGAUAAAGCUCCUUUUAGUAUAUGAAAUCACCCUUUUUUUUUUUUUUAAAUACUUCUUGUAUUUUAGAUUACAUGAAUUUAGGGCAGAUAGACAUUUUCUGUAGACAGGCUUGAUAUUUCCGUCCCUUUUGACAGCCCCACGGUCUCUUCAUUUCCAUCCCUUUAUUUCUGUUAUUUUUUUUUUACUUCAUCAAGACAACCCUCAACCAGCGCUGCUUUCCCUGCAGAACAUUUCUUCCACUUCUUGACUCCCCCGAUGUUGGCUAGGAAAGGCUGUUUGAAGUGGAAGGAUCACAGAGGGACAGGUGGAGCUUGGAGUCUAGGUCCCCUGGUGCUCCUGGGAGCUGGAACAAAUUACUCACCCCCCUGGGCUUUGGUUUUCUUAUCUUUAAGGUGGUGAGGUCCACCUGGCCUUGUAGUCAUUCUGGCUUUGUGAUGCUAAAGUGUCCGGCUUCCAGCCACAAUAGUAAUAGGAACAAAAGGCAAGAAAAAAAUGGUAUUUUGUAGAAUUGCCUACCUGCUACAGCGACUUAAAGUAAGAUCAGUUUUAAAUAUUAGUGUGUUUUGCUAAAUGGAACCUUUGUUUCUGUAGUUUCAUUCCUUGAGAGGUAUUUUGGGACCACUAGAAGACAGCAGCAUACUUGAAUUUAAAACAGAGAUUAUUUUAUAGUGGUAGUGCAAGAAUUGUUUUACCCUUUGCACCUUUUUGAAAGCUCAAAGAACAGAAAAGAAAAAGGCUUACUUGCGAUUUUGAUCCCCUCUUAACUGAUAGAAAUACAUUGUACUCUGGGCUAGGUUGGCUGGGAAAAAACCUGCAACCCACUGAACAACUUGUGAACAUAGAAAACUAUUUUGAACUUUGGUAGUAUAAAACUGUAAAUGUUAUUAGCAAAUUAUGGCUUAUUGAUGAGCGGUGUGGGAUAAUGACAGUGAAUAUUUUCUAGAGUUGGUCCCCUUUUGUACUGAUGGAUUCAGUUAGAGGGUCACUGGCUUCAUUUCCAAAUCAGUGAGUGCACGUAAAAAGAACAGUGGAUUGGAAACUGAGAUUCAGGUUCCGGUUCUGGUUCUGGUUUGCCACUCCCUCUGUGAUCUUGCACAAACCUUCCCAUCCCUGAGACUUAGUUUUUCAUCUUGUUAUAUGGUAGAUUUUUUUGAGGCCCUAACUUAUACCUAGCAUUAGCAAUAUAUCACAUAUACGUAAGCACCUUUGAUUUUUGUGGUCAUUCGGGGGACAGUAAUGAAAUACUUCUUUCUUAGCUGUUGAGCUGUCCACCAAGUCACACAGCUGUCUGGCGGCAGAGCCCUGCUUUAAAUGCAGGUAGCUCUGACUCCAGCUCUGCUUUUUCCAUUCCAGCCUAUUCUCUAAUUGCUAAUGAUCAUGCUCCGUAAACUUAGAAAAUUGUGAGUUUUUUUAUCAGUAUUACAAGAGCAUAAGCUUCUCUCUCACCUCUCGCAGAAAGUACCGAUAUCCCACCCUAUGUGAUGAAGUGUCCAAGCAAUGGUCUGUGCAGCAAACUCCCUGCAGACUGUGUAGAAUGCAAGACAAAUUUCUCCUGUGUCUAUGGGAAGCCUGUCACUUUUGACUGCACAGUCAAACCUUCUGUUACCUGUGUUGAUCAGGACUUCAGAGCCCAAAAGCACUUUGUCAUCAACAUGACUUGCCGAUUUUGCUGGCAGCUCCCAGAAACUGACUACGAGUGCUCCAAUUCCACCAGCUGCAUGACUGUGUCCUGCCCGCGGCAGCGCUACACCGCCAACUGCACGGUGCGGGACCACGUGCACUGCUUGGGUAAUCGAACAUUUCCAAAAAUGCUGUAUUGCAAUUGGACUGGAGGUUAUAAGUGGUCUACUGCUCUGGCUCUCAGGUAAGCCUUGUUACCAAUAAGCUAGAGGGGCCAUUUGGAUUUUGUUGGGAUCUGUGGAAUUUCCAGACAUUGAGCUCAGACAGACUACUCCACUCAGAUCCCACCACCUGCCAGACAGAUGCAAAGAAAUGUAGCUGUGGGACACAUCCUUAAGUAGUCAGACCAACACCUUUAGGAAUUGAAUUGCAGAAAGUUAGCUUUUCUCCCAAGAAGCCUGCAUAGGACUUACUGAGGCAUGAUUAUAGAUCAUUAAACCAGUCAGGGUUCCCCAUCCUGAACGUACCGUGAAUCAGUGUAUACUGUGUACUGUUUAAAAUAGGUAGAUUUAUGAUGUGUAUUUUUAAUUUUUAAUAACUGUCAUCUUUAUUAUAAAAAAAUACUACAUGCUCAAUACCAAACACUGGAAAAGUGAAAAUGACCAAGAAAAACAUUAAAAAUCACCUAUAAUUCCACCAUCUGGAAAUGAUUGUAGACUUAGAAUUUUUACAUGCUUGUAUUUAUUAAACUUCUGAACAGUUUGAAAAAAAA